AUGGGGUAUUGCAACCUAGGAGGCUUGCUUGAUUUCCAUCUGCCAUCUCUUUUGUGCUUAGGUGACUGCCAGCUGCAACCACCUUGUCAAAUCCAGAAGUGCACCACCGAAUUUGUAUCCUUAACUUCACAUCUCAACUCGGCUCUUGAGGGCUUUGAUCUGGAGUUCUGUAAGGCCCUACGAGCUUACUAUGCCUGUACCUAUCGCAAUUCCAAAGUGUGCCGUGGAAACCUAGUCUACCAUUCUGCAGUGUUUGGGAUCAGUGAUCUCAUGAGCCAGAGAAACUGUUCCAAAGAUGGACCCACAUCCUCCACCAACCCUGAAGUGACGCAUGAUCCCUGCAAUUACAGUGGCCACACAGAAGGUGGAGAACAUCAGGGGAGGAAGAAGACUCCCCCUCCUACUUAUCUAUUUUGUGGCUUGUUUGGUGAUCCUCAUCUGAGGACUUUUAAGGAUCGCUUCCAGACAUGCAAAGUGGAAGGUGCUUGGCCCCUCGUAGACAAUAACUACUUAUCAGUGCAAGUGACCAAUGUUCCUGUGGUCCUAGGAUCCAGUGCUACUGCUACAAGUAAGGUAUGGAUUGUUCUUAAGCACUUGGCAUGCAUACAGGAGUAA